ACGGGCCUGCGGCAGACAGACCCCUGGCAAUGCCCGCUCCGUGCCGGGCCCGCGGGCAGAGCCGGCCCCGCAAGCUGUCGCCAUUGUCCGCCGCCUCCCCUCGGCGCCGCCGCGUCUCCAGGCAACGGCGUGCGCCUCGCUCUGGCGGCGCGGUGACGUCACCGCAUCGCGAGAGCUCGCCCCGCCAAGCCGCUCCGCGAGCCUCCGCCCCGCCUCUUUGCGCCGGUGCCGCACCAUGGGUAUCUCCAGGGACAACUGGCAUAAGCGUCGCAAGACUGGGGGCAAGAGGAAGCCCUACCAUAAGAAGAGGAAGUAUGAGUUGGGGCGGCCUCCCGCCAACACUAAGAUUGGCCCUCGCCGGAUUCAUACCGUGAGAGUUCGCGGGGGAAAUAAGAAGUACCGAGCCCUUCGGUUGGAUGUUGGCAACUUCUCCUGGGGGUCAGAAUGCUGCACUCGCAAGACCAGAAUUAUUGAUGUUGUGUACAACGCUUCCAACAACGAGCUGGUGCGGACCAAGACCCUGGUGAAGAACUGCAUCGUGCUCAUUGACAGCACCCCAUACCGGCAGUGGUACGAGGCCCACUAUGCCCUGCCCCUUGGACGCAAGAAGGGCGCCAAACUGACUCCUGAAGAGGAGGAAAUACUGAACAAGAAGCGUUCAAAGAAGAUCCAGAAAAAAUAUGAUGAGCGAAAGAAGAAUGCCAAGAUAGCAAGUAUUCUUGAGGAGCAGUUCCAGCAAGGAAAGCUACUUGCCUGCAUUGCCUCCAGACCUGGACAGUGUGGCCGAGCCGAUGGCUAUGUGUUGGAAGGCAAGGAAUUAGAGUUCUACUUGAGGAAGAUCAAGGCCAGAAAAGGCAAAUGAAUAAAAACUAUUGUGCUAAGAGAACGAAUAAAACCAAGAGUCUACUACCAUAA